GGCCGAAAGGUUGAUGGCAACCUGCACAGGUGUGAAUCAUAAAUGCCAAAAGUAUGCGUUUGGACUACAUUGCUCCAUCGUCAAACAAAACAAAAAAAAGCAAAAGCUUCGAGUAGCUCUUGUUCUCUCUCGAAUCUGUCCACAUGGGAGUCAAUUGAGGCUCCACGGUGGCCGACUGCUGUCCCCACUCGUCCCUCUCACCAUCAUCCAAAUGUUCCUUCUCCAUAGUGCCCUUAGAAGCGGAGAACUCUCGCCGCUUAUAAAUACCCAACUCCACUGCGCCGGCCGUAUCAUCUUCUCUCUUCUGUAAUGCCCCCAAUCACACAUCUGCUUUGGAGUUUCUUGUUGCUCUAAUUCCCCUGAUUCCAUUUGCAUCCUCUUAAUUCUAAGUCUAAUUCCACAAAAUUUCCACAUUUAUUGGAGGAAAGAGAAAAAGGCGCUUACUUGGAGAUCAGGGGACAAAGAAUCGCCGGAAUCAUGGAUGGAACUGUGGAGACCCUACCGCCGCCGCUGUUCCCCGGCCAGAUUAGCGCUGCCCUAUCGGAGAUCCUCCUCUCCGGGACGAACGCGCUCGAUUCCAUCUUCUCCCACCUCCCUCCGCCGCUCCCAGCCGCCCAGUCCUCCGCGGUGCUGCCCCUCGGCUCCGCCGUCUACUUCCGGCAGACCGAGCUACUCCGGCGGCUCAGCAGCCAGUGCCACGGCCACGACGCCCGGUUGGAUUACCACCACUGCGGCGCGGACGCGGCGGAGAGGGGGAAGAAGACUUUGUACCGGGGGGUGCGGCAGCGGCAGCGGGGGAAGUGGGUGGCGGAGAUCCGGCUGCCCCAGAACCGGAUGCGGAUCUGGCUGGGCACCUACCGCUCCCCCGAGUCGGCGGCGUAUGCUUACGACCGGGCGGCGUACAAGCUCCGCGGCGAGUACGCACGCCUCAACUUCCCGAACCUCCAGCAAGCCGGAGACUGCCCCGAGCGGCUCAAGCUGCUGCGGUCCGCCGUCGACUCCAAGAUCCAGGCCAUCUGCCAGCGCCUCGGUCGGCGCCGCGCGGUGAGGCGAUCGGCGGCGGCGAACGUCGUCAAGGAGAAGGAAAAGGACACACAGGCGGGCGCGUCGCAAACGUGGUCCUCGGCUUCGGCGUCGACAUCGUGCGUGAGCGAAAUGGACGGCCACUGUUCGCUCGCGCGGAUGCCAUCCUACGAUCCUGAAUUGAUCUGGGAAGUGCUCGCUAAUUGAAUUACCAACAACCAAAUAUAAGAAUAUUAGUAAUAUAAGUAAAUGGCUACUUUGAUUAUAUAAUUCCUUUUCUUUCUUUCUUUUUUCUUUUUUUUUAACGUGAUGGACCGCAAAAGGAAGAGAGAUAGGUGAGUUUAGUUAGAUGUCACAAGAAAAGUCCUUUUUUUCUUUUUCUUUUUAUUUUUUAUAGUGAUGAAACUGUUGAAUCCAAGUGGUGGGAAAAUGUUAAUGUGCUAAAUGGUAGAGCUUUUCCUAAGCUCAACUGAUAAAAAAACUAGUGUUCUUUUGGUA